AUGCUUGUUGCUGUUCUCCGGAGUGGCGCUGGAGUUGCCGGGGAACAGUUGGACGGAACAGUCUUUUGUUUGCAGAGCCGCGGAGAUCUUGCACAGCUGUCAUAUUUGCAACGCGACGGGAGGGAGUGCUGGAAGCAUUUCCGUGGGACGAGUUUCUUCUCUGAGUCUGCAGGGCCGGUGGUGGUUUUGUGCGAAGCGUGUGCUGGACGGCGGGCGCUUGGGGGUGACAGGAAGGAGCCGUGCGUGUUCCGCCUGCUGUUCCUGGCCAGGAUGCUUUCUGGCCACGUGGGCCCACCGCUCUUUUUUUCAUUCACCUCCGUAUUUCUUACCUGUUUCCGUCCUUUUUCUCUUCUCUUUCCAUCUCUUGAACGCAGCUUACCUUUUUUUUUGUGUACGCCAGACAAGAACAGAAAAAAGUGUUUGAGGAAGUUAAGUGCCUUUUUUGGGUUGGUUGAAGGUUUUCUGAUGAAAGUCUUCUUGUGUAUUUUGCUACUUUCUCUUGGAUUUAUCUGGGUGUGCGGUGCCGGGGAAGUACUGCCGCCUGAGGCCUAUGAGAACCGCACGUUGUAUCCGGUGAUUCCAACGUACGACCGUCUUCCCCUGCUAAGCAUUGGUGUUCUUAGUGAUAUUCAGUACGCUGACGAGGAAGAAAAGUCUCGACGACAUUUUCGCCUUAGCCCCGGUAAGGUUGAGCACGCUGUGAAGGAGAUGAAUGCCAAUCGCAGUCAUAUGGACCUUGUCAUGCAUCUUGGGGACACCGUCAACCGCGACAUCGCAAGGAAUCUCCAAGUGAUUGAUUCGCUUCUGAAGCAGUUGCAAUUUCCCUUUUUCCAGUUACUGGGGAACCACGAUUUCUUGGAGCUGGGCGAAGAGCACCGUGAUCAUGUUUAUCGUUUGCUGAGGAUGCCAGCCCGUUACUAUAGUCUUCAGGUGGGUGAGGGCGGCGCGUUCCUUCUCAUUGUGCUCGAUGGGACGGAUCUGUCGGUGUUUGCAACAAGAGCCGGUACUGCCAGACGGGCAGAAACGAAUGGCAUGAAGCAUCGUUAUCGUCAUCGCAAAAAUAUGUUGGAUGUUAAUGGAGGCAUUGGUGAGGAACAAAUGCAAUGGCUUCGCAUGCAGCUGGAGUACGCUAGUAAGCAGAAGAUGGUUGUGCUGGUAUUCUGUCAUUUUCCCAUGUACCCUUACGACGAUGAGCUCAAUCUCUGGAAUGACGUGGAAGUUGUGCGUCUGCUCUCCAAUUAUUCCUGCGUUGCCGCUGUCAUAUCGGGCCACACCCACCGUUGGGAGCAUGAGCAGCUUGUGGUGGCUCACAAGAACGGGGAAUUCACCAUUUAUUUUGUUAAAUUUGGUGGCAUUGUUCAGUCUCCUUUUACCUCUUGGGGCUUCAUUGAGGCAUAUGAAAAAGAGCUUCACUUGCACGGUCUGAAUUUUGGCCGUGUGUUUGACUAUCGUCUGCCCAUCCGCGGGGUGCCUGGGGGGUCAGUGUUGCGCAAGACAACACGGGUUUUGUCGUCAGGGCCCUUUAUUCGCCGCCGGAGGAAUGUAAGGGUGAUUUCUCGAUGUGGUGGUGACACAAAGUGGCUUCGAAACAUCAUACACCAACCCGUUCCUAAUAAGACUGUGGGCAGAACCGAGAAUGUUUCAAGUUUAAUGUGGGUUGAAUGUGUUAUUUUUUUUUCUUUGGUUGCUGUCAUCGCUCUGCUGCGUUUGAUGUGUCGGAAAAACCGAAGGCGUCAAAGUAAAUCUGUCAGUGUUAGGAGCAGGGGUGCGGUGCAUUAG